ACAUGAUUAAAAAAAAACAGCUACCAUGUUCCUAAGAGCCGCCGUCCUGCUGUGGAUCGCUAGUGGAUAUUUACCUGAGGAAACGGAACUCUGUGAAGCUCACGGCAGCAGAAGACCAUCCUCCUCCUCCUCCUCCUCCUCCUCGCCGAGGGAACUUGUGGUGGGAAAUGUCCUCUACGAGAUCUGGGAGGAAUCCAAGUUCUGGUCCCAAGCGAGGAGCAGCUGCGGCCAACGAGGAGGAGAUCUACUAAAAGAGUUAAACGAGGCCAUCAAAAUGUGUCUGAAGGACGUCGCCGGGACGGGAAGCGUGAGGGACGUCACCUGGUGGCUGGGGGACGGGGUCCGGGGGGACCGCCUGGAACCUGGUUCCGAAGAUGGUGGUGCUUUCAAGGACACUACCAGCUGCACAUACGUGAAGCAGAAUCCUUUUCAGCUCGUCACGUCGUCGGACUGCAACCACAAACGAGGCUUCAUCUGCACCCACAGUUUGCGCUCGUCACUAAACACGCAGAACACAUUGGUAUCCAGAUCACGUAAGUUGGCCUGGAAUUGA